AUCCAGUUUUGUCAGUCAAACAGAAGUAGUUUCCAGCUCUACCAAAGGUAACAUAAAACUGUCUUUUGAACAAAUGCAUGAGUUUUUCAUUAAGUGUAGCUGCUCAAUACUUCUCAACUGACCACAUAUUUAAUUUUCUAUGCUGUAUGAUUGACCAUCUCCAGCUACUCAACAAUAAAGGACUGUAAUGCAAACUCCACUGGCCUGUAGAGUCUUCUUGUGUCGAGUCAACUGGCAUGACGGGGUCAAAUGGCCCUUAUAUUGGCAGGUGAACUAAAGGAAGAGAGUGUGGGAGGGGUGCCGAAACUGAAGAUGCGGGAGAUGCUCUUGAGAAAGGAGGGGGCCGAGUGAGUGAUAUUUAAACCCCAGAGGUUCUCUCUCUCCCCUCAUCUGUUCCUCAGCUCUCCGGCUGUCUAUCACUAUCUCCUGCACUUCAUUACAGACAAAGGAAGCUCUCCGUAGGCAUUCAGUAGCUUGCUGAACCCGGAGAGAGAAGAUCCGAGAUGCCACGCUCAAAGUGUGACGUCAUGUCCAAAGAACCAAGCUCCAACUUGGAAAGCGCCAUGCAGAUGCUCAUCAAGACUUUUCAUAAGUAUUCCGGGAAGGAAGGAGACAAAUUCACGCUCAGCCGAGGGGAACUAAGGGAACUUCUGACGGAGGAGCUGGGAAAUUAUCUUGGGAACGCUCAAGAUAAAGAUGCGGUGGAACGAGUGAUGAAUGACCUGGAUUCCAAUAACGAUGGCGAGGUGGACUUCACCGAGUUCAUCAUCCUCAUGGGGGCGCUGACCGUGGCCUGCAACGACUUCUUCCUGGACAGCCCGGCGCCCAAAAAGCCCGAUGGCAAGGACGAUGCGGCUACAACAGAGGAAAAGAAAGAGUAAUGAGCGAAUGCUUCAAAAACAUAGAGAGAAAACAGAGAGAAGUAUUAGGUUGCAUGGUUGAGAACAAGAGAGUGCACAAGUUUCAUCCAUUUCUUUAAUCAGAACCGACAAACCUAGUUCCUGGAGGAGAUUUCUCUGCUUUUAUAAUUCAACACAAGCUGUUAAUACACUUUUAAAGCAAAACUGACAAACCCCAAAGGCAAAGACUUGGGGGUUUGACAGAAACACACAUCAGUGCAACUAUUUUCUUUCUAGCUAAUGAGAAGUUCUUGAGUAUAAGGCGUUUAAAAAUCUUUCAGGAUGGGUGCCUUCUGUUUCAUAUGAGAACACAUGACCACACACAUUAUAUAUGGCUAUAUAGAGUCUGUUUUUGGAUAAAGAUAUAGCAGCAAAGUGUAUUACGAGUGCAAUCAGUGGCUACUUACUUGUAAGUGUCAAAGCCUGUUUAGACAGAAUGGGAUUGGAGAUAGAGUGUUAUGGACAGUUAUAAAUGCUCAUUUUGAAUAAUUCUGAACUGUGACUUGACAAACAGAUGUUGAGGGAUUUAUACUUACAUUUUACACGAUGAUGUAGUUAUAAAUACCCUUUACUGUUGACAGCAAGCAAUAUUUCAUCUACUUCAUGGUUACCAUAAAUUCUGAACAGUGUUCAUGAUAUAUGAAUCUAAUAAUUCAGAGUCGAAGAUGUGAACUUGGUUUGUCUCUUUCUUUGCAUCUAUUUUUUAGCCUAUUUUUAUUUAAUAAUCAGUAUGUAUCUUCUUAAUUAUAAUAAACGUGCAACUGACCUCCA